AUGGGGAACGCGAAUUCCACCUUUGAUGAUGCCGGAUUCCCGGGGUCUUCUAUCCUCGAGAGUCUAAACCCAUGCGGUGACCUCUCGAAUACUGAGCUUUCACCCAAGGGAGAGAACAGAGCAGUCCUAGACGAAAAGCUUUUCGACGAGAGUGAAUACCAAGGCUUUGCCAAGAACGUUGAAGAGCGAGAUGAAAGCCCAACGCUUGGACCACAAUCACAACCCAAACGCGCUUCCGUGAUGUUUGCCAAAGCUUUAGUGAACGAAGUUACCAAUAACCCAAAUACGAUGCGCCCUGCCGACAUGGCCGAGCGUGAACGAAGACUCAUGAAGGCACAACUGAAAGCCAACAAGAGAAGUGUGAAUGGAGAUUCCUCCAAGAUUGUUGGAAUCCCAGGAGGAGUUGGACAACCUAGUAUCUUUGGCAGCAUUGCGCAUGCGCUGACAGGAGAUGCUGAUCCGCUUCCAAACAUUGCCGAAACACGAGCAAGUCUUUUCCCUCCCAACAGCACCAUGUCACAAAACAGAGCACAAAUCGAAGACACUCUUCCAGAACCAAUCCAAGGCGAGCAUAGUAUCACCAUUGGACUGUGUCUGAGCAGACGUUCUAGUGUCGGUAAUGAAGGCACCAUUACAAGGCAGACUGCUUUUGAUUUCAACGAGUUGCAAGAUCGGGAGUACAACUAUGUAUCCAGUACUGACAGCAAUGGCUGGAGAGCUGGAGGUGGAGAGCCUGGUGGCUCUCCUAUGGUUUCUACAGCUGGAGAAGAAAGAUCAAUUUCAAGCGCAUCGGGUGCAGCUUCCCACAAGGUGGCGGCUCCUGAUGUUGUCCACAUUCCCAUCAUUCAAAUUGAUGCCGAGUCUGCCGAAGCUAUUGACCAUAUCAUAGCAGUUUUGGCCAGCGGGGAUAUCUUCAUCCCGCAUAUGUCAAUUAUACCUGAGGCAUUGAGUGUUGAGGGUGUUUCUCCUCCAAAUAUUGUGGUCCGUUUCGGAACAGAGAGAAACGAAGAUUUCCCACCUGACCAAUGGUCCAACUGGUGCCUGGAAUUCAUGCACAAUCAAUUGUUCGAAUACUUUCAAGACAAGGGGGCUGUCUGGGGAAAGCGACCAUUUUCCAUCACUCUUGCGAAAGAGGUUCGCUGGAAGACUGUCAAGCACAUGAACAAAUAUUUUGCCCACGCGGAGAGGGUUAUUGACGCAUGGCGCGAAAAGGGACCGCAAUUCUUGGAUCCUCAACUUGCUUAUGCAAACGACUCAUCAACACCAGAAGAGGUUUCCCAACCCCAUGGGAUUUACCUCUUCCGUAAGGGCAUUCCAACCAAUUAUUUUGCUCCUAACUUCGCUCCUCCUUACACCACGAAUAUGACACGGAACCUCUUACUGAACGUCUUGAACAAAUCUUGGGACGCAAAGCGAAGAGAAUGGACAUCACAGCCAAACCCAAGAAUUGUCACUCCUACCAUGUUGUUCAGCGCCAUGUUGGGUUGCAGUGAUAACAUGGCUGGUGGGUUCCUUGCUAACGAGGUCACGAUCUCCUCAAAUACUGCGAACUUGUCUAUCCUACCAGAUAGUUCGAGCAUUCGUUCCGCCCGCUCAGCCGGUCGCAGCGCAACUGCCACCGCAAAAAUCGCGGGGAGACCUCCUACUCCCAGAAAGAAGCAAUCACCUUCGCCAAAGGUUGUUGUUGAAGAGCCUAGGGAUGAAAAGUGUGUCAUAGAUUCGCUCGAAGCUGACUCAAGGCAACAAGUUGAUGCACUUUUGUCGGAGGAUGACUCAGUUCAAGAAAAAACGGAAGACGAGACUCCUUCGGAAUAUACCAGUUUCAACGAUGAGCUUGAUCUCAUGGUUAUUGGUGGCAUAGCAAACGCAACGAAGAAAUCACUUGACGAGAUCCUCAUGGAUUCCCCAACUGGAAAUGCUGUUUCAAUUGCUCCCGUACAAAUGCACCGUCAACUAUCCCAUAACACGGAUGCAACAGACAAACAAACAAACCUUUCGUCAAUUCAACAAGAAUUAAUGCAAGCUCUGAAUGACCAAGAGAAGGCCAAUGACAACGAGGAAGCUCUGAAUGACCAAGGGAAAGCAAAUGACAACGCGGAAAACGCUGGUCCACAGCUUGUCUCCGAUGAUGAUUGGUUUGAUGAUAUGGGUCACCCAAUUCAGACACCAAGUGCUGCCCAUGAAAGGCCUCCUAUUGUCCUUACUGCCUCAUCUGGAGCAGAGUCAGCAGCUUCCUAUUCUAUCGUCUUUGAAGAUCAAUCCGGGGACAUGUCGGAUUCAGCUCGAGUGGUAGAACGAACUGUUGUCGAGCAGCAGGUAGAUAAAGUGCCUGGGGAGAAGAUGUUGAAGAUAUUUAAGCCAACAAUGCCAGUUUAUGAGCAACAGAAGGCACCAACACCAAUUGUUGACAGGGUAAUGGUACCAGAAUUCGAGAUGAGACAAGACACAACGCAGGAACAUGAAGAAACAAGCGGUAGAGAUCCACCUUCAAGUGGCGAAAGGGACCAACAUCCCACUGACAGAGAGAAUUACUAUCCGUUACAUCAACUUUACGGAAAGCAGCAAAUGGACCUACCACUGACUCCUGGUAGAAAGAACCACCCAGAAGUUCUUCGAAAUAACUCUGCUGUUUCUGCCCUGUCGAUGGAGUACUCCCUAGACUCGACAAAUGUUGGUGACGGCAAGUCAUUAUACACGCACCAGAGUAGCUUGUUGGGUCAGCAUCUUUCUGAACCAACGCGACCAGUCCAUAUUCAGACAAAGUCUUUAUUGACUACUGUCACAAAAGAAGCUCGGUCGGAGGAGGUUGUCCCAACUGACUCGGAGGAUUCCACGGAAAUUGUCCCUUCAGAUGAGGAGUUGUUCAAUGUUGGAUGGGCGAAGGCGCUGGAUCCAAAUAGCGGUAGCUACUAUUUUUUCACACUUGAUAGGAGCAAGAUUGUGUGGGAGAAUCCACUGGCAUCUGGAACUCUUCAUACCCGUCCAAGUAUGGACACGGCGGGGUCAUCAAUACUUAUUUGA